AAUAAUAAUAAUAAUAAUAAUAAUAAUAAUAAUAAUAAUAAAAAGAGAAGGAAGAAUAAAAGCAGCAACACGAGAGGCAUCGUUGUGUCACGUUUGUGGAAUACGUUGUGCAACGAAAUAUGGAUUGGGCGGUGAAGGCUCGACGAACACUGGACCGUUUCGUAGCGAGCAAAAAUGAAGACACGAGGUACAGACAGCUAACCGUUCAGAGAGCUAAACGAGCGUACAAAGUGAAUCGUUGCGUGAGCGGGGGCGGUAGCCGCGGAAACGGCGCGACUGGUGGUACCGGAGGAGGCGGAGGAGGAGGAGGAGGCGGCGGUGGUGGAGGAGGAGGCGGUGGNUAUAUUUUCGAUGGAGGAGGUGGGGGAGGAGGAGGAGGAGCAGGAAUCGACGGUGGCACGGUGCCUGCUGCACCACCGACCACCGGCCAUCACCACCACUACCAUCACCACCAUCACCAUCACCAUCAUCUCACCAGCACGACAACAACCACCACCACGACGACGACCACCACCACCACCGGCGGCACCAGGCACCACAGGCACAGGCUGCCGGCGGGCAAGCAGUGCACCGAGCACCGACACCACCCGCAUCAUCACCGGCAUCACCCACACCAUCGCUCCCAUCAUCGGGGCAUGAACAUGGGCCAAAAGAUUUCAGGCGGCGUGAAGAGCGUGACGCGCGAGAGCGGAGCUGGAACGGGCAACGGAAUUGGUGUUGGUGGUGGCGGCGCAGUGGCGUACAAACCAGUUGUACCAAGAGAGUUGGCACAAGACUUGUCGAGGCCAGCUCGUCUCGAUGUACUCCUCGAUAUGCCGCCCGCAUCGCGGGAAAUUCAAGUUAAUCAUAGCUGGAACGCCGACGAUCGCAGUCUUAACAUUUUCGUUAAGGACGAUGACAAGCUGACGUUCCAUCGGCACCCCGUAGCACAGAGCACCGAUUGCAUACGAGGGAAGAUUGGUUAUACGAAGGGUAUGCACGUGUGGGAGCUUUAUUGGAGCACGAGGCAACGAGGUACACACGCUGUGGUCGGUGUUGCUACCGCAGACGCACCCCUUCAUAGCGUCGGCUAUCAGAGCCUCGUUGGUAACAACGAUCUCAGUUGGGGAUGGGAUCUCGGUAGAAAUAAACUCUAUCAUGACUCCAAGAACAAUGUCGGUAUUACUUAUCCGGCUCUACUUAAACCAGACGAAACUUUCAUUGUGCCUGAUAAAUUUCUGGUCGUACUUGAUAUGGACGAGGGCACAUUAGCAUUCGUAGUAGAUGGACAGUAUCUUGGGACCGCGUUCAGAGGUCUCAAAGGAAGAAAAUUGCAUCCAAUAGUGUCAGCUGUUUGGGGACACUGUGAGAUUACGAUGAAAUAUAUCGGCGGUCUUGAUCCUGAGCCUUUACCUUUGAUGGAUCUUUGUCGAAGAGUUAUCAGACAACGGAUUAACAAGCAUAGACUCGAGGAAAAGAUAAACGAAUUAAAUCUGCCUCAAGCGAUGAAGACUUAUCUCCUUUACCGUGACAGGAGGUAACCACCGAGUGGUGCAUUAAAAGAAGAAGCGAUCAUAAGUAAGGUCGCGAAUGUCAGCAUUUUGCGACAUCGUUGCUACCUAGACGACGCACAGAAAUGGGCUAAUAUAGUCUCUUGCUACUACUCUCGCACACGCCAAGGAACGCACUACCAACAGCAACUACAACUAUUGCAACAACAUCAACAACAACAACAACAUCGGCAACAGCAACAGCAGCAGCAGCAGCAACAACAACAACAGAAUUGUAAUUUCUACUUGAAUCAACAGCAUCAGCAAAAUGAUAGUCAUCCAUCCGUGUCCCUGUUCUUGAAACGUUUGAUGACUAGUAGACUGAACCGUUUGAUACGACGGCAAAGCGUGGAUGGUUCAAGAAGACGAAUGUCCAGCGAAGGACUAGCCUUAGGGUACCAGGGCUCAUGGUAUCAACAUUGUUCCUAUGAAAACGGAACAACGUCAUCGUUGUCGUCGUCGUCGUCGUCGUCGUCGUCGUCGUCGUCGUCAUUGGAAUCAUUCUCAAAUACUCCAGCAUAUUCGACCUCGUCUUCUUCUUCUUCCUCCUCACCGUCGUUAGAUUCUUCCUACUCGUCGUCCUACUCAUCGUCUUCGUUUAAUUCUUCCACUUUCUCGUCACGAUACGAAUAAUGACGAUGAUUGAUGAUGAUAAUGAUAAUGAUGAUGAUGGUAGUAAUAAUGAUGAUGAUAAUAAUAACGAUAAUGAUAAACAUAAAGAAUGAUUACGAUAUUGGUAACGAUGAAGAUAAAUAUGUGACGUUAAUA